AUGCCAUCUGCUCGAGCUAGCUCGAACGGCACUGUCAUUGCCGAGUCACACGACACGAUCAUCGUCGAAGGCAAUCACUACUUCCCGCCAGAGUCUGUCAACAAGGAUGUUAUUCGACCGUCUGCCAAAGAUACACACACUGUCUGUCCUUGGAAAGGAACCGCAUCGUAUGACGACAUUGUGAUGCCUGGCUCUGUCAUCAGUGACGCGGCUUGGUACUAUCCGGAGCCAAAGGCAAAAGCCACGAAUAUCAAAAAUCACCUCGCCUUUUACAAGAACAAGGUACAGGUACAGGAUCUGUGA